AUCCACUAUCCACAACAAGGCAAAAGAAGAGUUAAGAAAGAAGAGGACGACAAUGGCUGUAAAUAUGUGACCAUGAAAUGGCGAGAGGCUGAGAUAAUUGUCUUAUCCCUUCAAAAUUUAAGACUUUUAAUGAUCGGAAGGAACAAGAUGACGAGGUCCCACGAACCACCAUACACACUUCAAUUUCAAAUAAGAGCUUUUCUUCAGUUGUUGCUCAGAGACUUAACCAAUCAACCAUGGCGAAGAUGAUGAUGUUGCAACAGCAUCAGCCUUCUUUCUCUCUCCUUACUUCUUCUCUGUCUGACUUCAAUGGCGCUAAGCUCCAUUUACAAGUCCAGGUCUUUUUCAUCCUUCGUUCUGACGACUAUCAUUAUCAAUUUUAUCAGAUGGGUUCUGCUUUUGUGUGUCUGAUGAGCCAAAAUCCGUUCAGCACAUUUCAAAACUAUUCCUUUUAAAAUGGGUUUAAGCUUGUUUGUUCGACUUCUUGAGCUAUGGAUCAUUGUGUCUAUAUUAAUGAAUGUGUGUCUAAAGUCUUAGUGUGGUUCUUGUUUCAGCUCUGAUUUUGUAUUAUGAGUAAAGAGUUUUAUGAGCUUCUUCGUCAUAAUUGUGAGAGUUUCUGGUUUGUGGUUUGGCUCUGGUUUGAGUUGUCUGAAUACCCCCCUCAUUUGUGUCAAUACAAGAGGAAGGUUCAUCAGCCAAAAGGAGCACUCUAUGUUUCAGCGUCGAGCGAAAAGAAGAUUCUGAUAAUGGGUGGUACUCGAUUCAUUGGUCUGUUCUUGUCCAGGAUCCUUGUCAAAGAGGGACAUCAGGUUACAUUGUUCACAAGGGGUAAAUCUCCUAUUGCCAAACAAUUGCCCGGUGAAUCUGACCAAGACUUUGCUGAUUUCUCUUCUAAGAUUCUUCACUUGAAAGGAGACAGAAAGGACUAUGACUUUGUGAAGUCAAGUCUUUCAGCAGAAGGCUUCGAUGUUGUUUAUGAUAUCAACGGGAGGGAGGCCGAAGAAGUUGAGCCCAUACUAGAAGCACUACCCAAACUAGAGCAGUACAUCUACUGUUCUUCAGCUGGUGUUUAUCUGAAAUCUGAUAUCUUGCCACAUUGUGAGGAGGAUGCAGUUGAUCCGAAGAGCAGGCACAAGGGGAAGCUGGAGACUGAGAGCUUACUGCAAUCAAAAGGUGUAAACUGGACUUCUAUACGUCCUGUCUACAUCUACGGUCCAUUGAAUUACAACCCCGUCGAAGAAUGGUUUUUCCACCGUCUAAAGGCAGGUCGCCCAAUCCCGGUUCCAAACUCUGGGAUACAGAUCUCACAACUCGGUCACGUUAAGGACUUGGCAACAGCCUUUCUCAACGUGCUUGGUAACGAGAAAGCCAGCAGAGAGAUAUUCAACAUCUCGGGGGAGAAAUAUGUUACCUUUGAUGGGUUAGCAAAAGCUUGCGCAAAGGCCGGUGGGUUUCCGGAGCCAGAGAUUGUUCAUUACAACCCGAAAGAGUUCGACUUUGGGAAGAAGAAGGCAUUCCCUUUCCGUGAUCAGCAUUUCUUUGCAUCGGUGGAGAAAGCAAAGCAUGUCCUCGGAUGGAAACCGGAGUUCGACUUAGUGGAGGGUCUCACUGACUCAUACAACCUUGAUUUCGGUCGCGGAACAUUCCGGAAAGAAGCGGAUUUCACCACUGACGACAUGAUUCUGAGCAAGAAACUUGUUCUUCAAUAAUCGAAAUCCUAAGAGUUGCUCAUUCUUGGCUUGUAUGAUUCUGAUCACCCGGUUCUCUUAAAGUUCUGAACUUUAUUGUCAUCUCACGUAUGUUAUGGUCCGGAUUUUGUUCGACUUUUCUCUAAAGAAGUCAAGCUAGGGACGAUGAAGAAACCGAGAAAGUAAGUACACGAGAAAGAGACGGUCUGGCUCUUGACUUAGGAACUUAGGAAUUUUGGUAUCAAUUCGAUAUCCUCUUUCUAAAUCUGAACCGAACCAAAAUUACAACCAUACCGACUACCGAGCUAAUUAAACUUUAGUUUU